AUGGUUCCAGCUGUGUAUAUACCAUUGAAACAUGCACCUGCGAUGGUAUCAGGCAAACUCGACCGAGGUUUCUUCCGCAAAAUUCUCCAGACUUUCUCCAAUUCGCAAUUGCAGAGCUUUACACCAACUAGCCAAGAAGAAGAACAAUCUUCGCAAAGCUGGGUUGAAGAUGGCUACAGGGGCUUUCGAGAGAGGCCACAACCGAUCAUAGAGGAUUUCACAACCAUGGAACGGCAAAUUCACCAGCUAUGGGCACAAGCAUUGAACAUUGAGCCUUCAACAAUUGGUAAAAAAGAUAAUUUAUUCAGGAUCGGCGGAGAUUCUAUUGUGGCAAUGCGUCUCGUUGGUCUUGCUAGAGCUCAAGGCUUGGGUAUCAAGGUGUCAGAUAUCUUUGAGCACAGGCAACUCGACAUUUUGGCCGAAGUCCUCGUUGGAAAGCAAGUUGCUCAUGAGACAUACAACACCAAGCCCUUCUCUCUCCUAGAUCAAGGGCAAAAAUCCCUGAUUUCUGAGACUUAUGACGUUUUGGUGAAAAAUGGCAAGACGGUUGACAUUCUCCCAGUCACGGGGGCCCAGGCAAUCUUGCUUAAGAUGUUUGGCCUAGGUUGCUUCUCUUUUUCCAUUAAGGGAAGGAUUUGCCCGGAUCGAAUGCGGUCAGCCUGUGAAUCUGUGGUACAGAGUCACUCCUCUUUGCGUACGGUGUAUCUUUCAUACAAGGAAAGCUUCCUCCAAGCCAUCUUUCAGAGCAUUGAUGUACCUUUUGAGCACAUCAGGACAUCAGUAUCUCUGAAAUCAACGUGUCAGUCUUUAUGUGACUCUUACGUGCUCGAAAACGCUGCUUCGGGAAAACCGAUUGUUAAAUUUGUUAUGGUCUCUCAAUCUGAUGAUGAGCAUGUGCUUAUCAUGCGACUGACGCAUGCGCAAUACGAUGGAGCGAGCUACUCAAUCAUUCUCGACGACUUAGCGACUGCGUAUAAUGACGGUGGAGUCUCACCUCCAGCUCGCACAUCCUUUUCAGAAUUUGCAUACUAUUGCGCCGGUCAUCGAACCAAUUCAACAUUCGAUUUCUGGAAAACCAAUUUACAUGGCUCAGCAAUGACUAUGCCCCCUGGUGCACCCAACCAUCCAGGCCAAUCCGUUGCCGAUGUCCAUGAAAUCGCAUUCAGGGAACUGCCUCCUGCAUUAGAAAACAUCACUACUCCAGCCUUAGUGAAUGCAGCCUUCGCCCUUGUUCUCGCAGAUCUCGUCCAGAGUGAUGAUGUCACAUUUGCAAUGUUUAUGAGCACCCGUGACAUCGGUCUACCGGGCGCCCAAGAGAUUAUUGGUCCUUGUAUUAAUCUCAAUCUGCUUCGUGUCAAGCUUGACAGGUCUCGCUCCGUUCUUGACUUGUGCCACACACUGCGGGAUCAGUAUACUCAAGUUUCCAAGCACGGUCAUCUUGAUCUACCUGAAAUAAUUGCCAAAAGUACCGAUUGGCCUUCAGAUUCCAAGCUGAGAUUCAUUGUCAACCACCUCGGCGAUGACGAUAGCACCCCGCGGCCACUCGAGGGCGGGGCGACUUUAUCGAAUGCGGACGGAACACACCGGAGAUUUUUAGACAGCCAGGCUUUCAUUCGAUGCCUCGCUAAGAGUGAUGGGCUGCAAGUACAUGUAGUAACUACCAGCGUUACUAUGAGUUCCAAGCAGGCCGGGUUGAUAGCGAGGAGGAUUCUUGAUACUGUGAAGAUGUUCACCGAGUAUCCCGACACGAUAUUAGCUUCUCUGUGUACUCCCAAAGCCGAGUAG